AUGAGUGUGCCUCCAGUGAUUCGUCCGCCUAGUCCCCUGCCGGGGUCGCAAGGCAUCUCCUUCCAAAUCCAGAUCGGGCUGAGCCGUGAAUCAGUUCUGCUGGACUCCGCUGACUUCACCCUCGCGCACGUCCGAGAAAUGGCAUGCUCCAUCGUUGAUCAGAAGUUCCCGGAGUGCGGCUUCUACGGAAUGUACGACAAGAUCCUCCUGUUCCGUCAUGACCCCUUGUCAGAUAACAUACUGCAGCUGGUGAAAUGCGCCUCUGAUAUCAUGGAAGGAGAUCUGGUGGAGGUGGUGCUCUCAGCCACGGCGACGGUGGAAGAUUUCCAGAUCCGUCCCCACUCUCUGUUUGUGCACUCCUACCGCGCGCCGGCCUUCUGCGACCACUGCGGCGAGAUGCUGUGGGGCCUGGUGAGGCAGGGCCUCAAGUGUGAAGGAUGUGGGCUAAACUAUCACAAGCGUUGUGCCUUUAAAAUCCCAAACAACUGCAGCGGCGUGCGUAAACGUCGACUGUCAAAUGUUUCCCUAACUGGCCUUUCCAACACACGCUCAGUGUCUGCGGAGCCCUCCCCAAGCCCAUCUGAUGAAGCCCUGCUGUCCCCCGUCAGUCCCAGCAUGGAGCAGAAAAGCCAGCCAGACGUCUUUCCCGGGAGGGGCAGAUCGAACUCUCAGUCCUACAUUGGUCGUCCCAUAGAGCUGGAUAAGAUCCUGCUGUCCAAAGUCAAGGUUCCCCACACGUUUGUCAUCCACUCCUACACGCGCCCCACCGUCUGCCAGCACUGCAAGAAACUGCUCAAAGGCCUCUUCCGCCAAGGCCUGCAGUGCAAAGACUGCAAAUUUAACUGCCAUAAACGAUGUGCACCCAAAGUACCAAACAACUGCCUUGGAGAAGUUUCUAGAAAUGGAGAUCUGCUGAGCCCAGGAGCGGAGUCAGAUGUGGUGAUGGAGGAAGGCUGUGAUGACCAGGAUGGAGACAGGAGCAGUCCUCUCAUUGACGACUCAGAGGAGGUCAUGGCCGCUGACUCGGCCGCCCUGCUAGAGGCAGGCCACGGUGACCUCUGUGACCUUCAGGACCACGACCCAGACGAAUCCAACAGGAUCAUAAGCCCAUGCACCAGUAACAACAUCCCACUGAUGCGGGUCGUCCAGUCUGUGAAACACACCAAGAGGAAAAGCAGUAACGUUAUGAAGGAGGGGUGGCUGGUGCACUUCACUAGCAAAGACACACUGAGGAAGAGACACUACUGGAGACUGGACAGCAAGUGUAUUACCCUCUAUCAGAAUGAGACCGGAAGCAAAUACUACAAGGAAAUCCCCCUGUCGGAGGUGCUGUUCCUGGAGCCUGCGAAAACCUUUAACCUGCUCCCAGAGGGAGCCAACCCGCACUGUUUUGAGAUCGCCACGGCGACGCUGGUUUACUACGUCGGGGAGAACCUGUCGCACGAGGAGGGGGGGCUGUACGGGCACAGCAGCGCCCUGGUCAGCGGGCUGGGACAGGACGUGGCGAGAAUGUGGGAGAUGGCCAUCCAACACGCCCUCAUGCCUGUCAUCUCCAAGGGCCUGCCCCACGGACACCGUCACAGCCUUCACAAGGAUGUCUCCAUCAGUAUUUCUGUCUCCAACUGCCAAAUACAAGAGAAUGUGGACAUUAGCACAGUCUAUCAGAUAUUUCCCGACGAAGUUCUCGGCUCUGGGCAAUUUGGAAUUGUCUACGGAGGAAAACACAGGAAAACUGGACGAGAUGUGGCCAUUAAAAUCAUAGAUAAAUUACGUUUUCCUACCAAACAAGAGAGUCAGCUGAGAAAUGAGGUGGCCAUUCUUCAGAACCUGCAUCACCCUGGUGUUGUCAACCUGGAGUGCAUGUUUGAGACGCCAGAACGUGUCUUCGUUGUCAUGGAGAAGCUCCAUGGCGACAUGCUGGAGAUGAUACUGUCAAGUGAGAAAGGGAGGCUGCCAGAACGCAUCACCAAGUUCCUCAUCGCACAGAUUUUGGUUGCGUUGCGCCAUCUACACUUCAAAAACAUCGUCCACUGUGACCUUAAACCAGAGAACGUUUUAUUGGCCUCUGCAGAUGCUUUCCCACAAGUGAAACUCUGCGAUUUUGGCUUCGCCCGUAUCAUUGGCGAAAAGUCCUUCCGGCGUUCCGUGGUGGGAACGCCGGCGUACCUGGCACCGGAAGUGCUUCGGAACAAGGGCUACAACCGUUCCCUGGACAUGUGGUCGGUGGGAGUCAUCAUCUACGUCAGCCUCAGCGGGACGUUCCCCUUUAACGAGGACGAGGACAUCCACGACCAAAUCCAGAAUGCUGCUUUCAUGUAUCCUCCCAACCCCUGGAAGAAAAUCUCUCAGGAAGCAAUUGACCUUAUUAAUAACUUGCUACAAGUCAAGAUGAGGAAACGCUACAGCGUGGACAAAUCUCUCAGUCAUCCGUGGCUCCAGGACUACCAGAUGUGGCUGGAUUUGCGGAACCUGGAGUGCAAGAUGAAAGAGCGUUACAUUACACACGAGAGUGACGACAUGCGCUGGGAGCAUUUUGCCGAACAGAACGGCCUGCAGUACCCUGCCCACCUGGUCAACCCCCAUGUCGAUCUUAGCGAGGGGGCGGAGUCAGAGGAGGCGGAGCUGAGCACGCUCAGCGACCGACUCAGCGUACUGUAA